AUAUAAGGGCUUGAACUUCAACCAGGUAUUUUGGCCCUUCUAAGCGCAGCGUCGCCUUCAUAAGAUUUGUUUGGUUUGUGUCUUUUUAUCUCUUCUCAUAUGGCUAGAUGGGAUCAAAUUCUUUCCCUUCCUGUUCAGAGCCCCCCGACUUUGGAGUUUUCUUCUGCUGAACUUGUGUGGUCUAAAGUAGAAGGCUGGCGCGAUAACAUAGACAGAGUUGCUCUCAUUCCAUUUGCUAGAGUUGAUGACUUUGUUAGGGGUGAAUCUGCUAAUAAAGAAUGUCCAACAAGAUUUCAUGUUGAAGCUCGGAGACGUCGGCCUGCAGAGUCGACGUACAAGCCUAAAGUUGAUGGCAUCCUUGAAUACAUUCUGUACUGGUGCUCGUUUGGUCCUGAUGACCAUAGAAAGGGUGGAGUUGUUCGACCGAGUAGAACCACAUACGUUCCUAAGAAAAAACCUUCUGGUCGACCUAAUACAAAGAGGGGGUGCACCUGCCACUUUAUUGUCAAACGCUUAAUUGCUGAACCGUCUGUAGCACUUAUCAUCUAUAACCAAGAUAAGCACGUGGAUAAGAAAGGAUUACCAUGCCAUGGCCCACAGGACAAAAAGUCUGCUGGAACACGUGCCAUGUAUGCUCCGUACAUCUCAGAGGAUCUUCGUCUCCGUGUUUUGUCCCUGCUCUAUGUUGGGGUGUCUGUGGAAACAAUCAUGCAGAGACACAGUGAAUCAGUGGAGAGACAAGGAGGUCCGUGCAACCGAGAUGACCUUUUAACUCACAGAUAUGUUCGGAGACAAGAGAGGAGCAUACGUCGCUCGACUUAUGAACUUGACACAGAUGAUGCAGUCAGCAUUAAUAUGUGGGUUGAAAGUCACCAGAAUCAAGUGUUCUUUUAUGAGAAUUUUUCUGAUUCCGACCCUUUUGUUUUGGGUAUUCAAACAGAAUGGCAGUUGCAACAACUGAUUCGGUUUGGAAAUCACGGCCUUCUGGCCUCUGAUUCGAAGUUUGGAACUAAUAAAUUAAAGUAUCCUAUUCGCAGUCUUGUUGUGUUCAACUCAGACAACAAGGCUAUACCGGUGGCAUGGAUAAUAACACCUAGAUUUGCAAGUGGAGAUACACUUAGAUGGAUGAGGGCCCUAUAUGACAGAGUUCAUAUGAAAGAUCCUAAGUGGAAGUUGGCUGGAUUCAUUGUGGAUGAUCCUUCAGCCGACAUCCUUGCAAUCAGGGAAGUGUUCCAGUGCUCUGUAUUGAUAUGCUUUUGGCGGGUUCGUCAUGCAUGGCAUAAGAACUUGAUUAAGAAAUGCUCGGAGCUGGAGACCUGUGCCGUAAUUGCCAAGAGGCUAGGCCAGGCAGUGCAGCGCAUCUGCAAAGGGGAUGGAACUGCUGAUUUGUUUGAAGAAUUUAUGGAAAAUUUUGUGGAUGCCGCAGAUUUUUUGGACUAUUUCAAGGCGAUAUGGUACCCAAGACUAGGGCUCUGGACUAGUGCACUGAGAACUCUUCCUCUUGCCAGCCAGGAGAUGUGCUCGUCAAUGGAGUACUAUCACAACCAAUUAAAGCUUAGGUUAUUGAAUGAGAAGGAAAUAAGUGUAUAUCAACGUGCUGAUUGGCUAGUAGAUAAGCUAGGUACUACAGUGCAUUCUUACUUCUGGCUUGAUGAGUACUCAGGGAAGGAUGAUUUCGCACGAUACUGGAAGGAUGAAUGGAUGAGUGGCUUAACAGCUUGGCAGAAAUCUUUGCAGAUUCCGGAUUCGGAUGUGUUAAUUGAGGGUGAUUAUUCAAAAGUUGUUGAUCAGGAAGAUCGACAUAAAGUGCAUGUUGUUCGGAAUCCAGCUUCCGAAUAUGCACUUUGUGAUUGUAAUUGGGCGAAAAUGGGAAACUUAUGCGAGCAUAUUCUUAAAAGCAUUAAAUGUCUACGUGACAAAGGCUCUAUUACUCCAUCCGUCAGUAUGUUCCAAUAUAUGCAGGCUCUGGUUGAUAUGUUACACUGCCCACCUCAUGAUUCUUUGAUUCGUGAUCAUGCACUUUCUCUAGCUGUCUGGGUGCAGACGCAGUUGAAUGCUCAACUUGGUCCUGGAAGUGGCCAGUCGAAGCGACAAGCUCUUCAGCUGACUACUGCCACACCUGGUGUGGUGAGAGCAAGCAAUAGAACACACACAUUAGUCAAUGUGGAAAAUGAUCUGACUGAGCUCCAGCAUCCAAGUUCUGCCACAGGCAAUUUGAGUGGUGGCAAGAUUGAUCGGGUAGCUACUGAAAAUGGCACUUGCACAGAUAUAGGUUCUGCUGUGGAACAUUCUUCUGUUGAGAUGCAAACCAGCCCAGUAUCCAUCUCCGCUUGUGCGACUCAAUUGUUUUCUCUUGAUGGGAUCACAUCAGCCAAUGUGUUUGCUGAGAACGGAGAUGUCAUGAUUGAUGAGGAGCUGGAUACGACGAAGAAUAUUCCUUCCACAGAUGCAUCAUUGCAAAUUUAGACGGUUUUCAAGAUGGAUCUGGAACAAAGCUGACUGUGCAACAACGGUGGACAAGCAACCACAGCCUCUGUGUAGCUCCAGCUGAGUCUUCUCUAGAUCAAUGGUUGAAUAACCAGCAGAAUGAUGUAUGUAUGUAGGAACUCCACAGAUACAGACAUUAUCCUGGAUUACAGAAUGUUGAAAACAGAAUAGACAAUGCAAUUCGCAUCCACAACCAAGGCAGUAUAAUCCUCUCUGGUAAAUAUGGCUGAAGCAUCUGAAGUCGAAAAGCUUAUGAGGAUAGGUGCCGUUGAUGAAAAUACUGGCAUCACUAGUGGCCUAACAGCUUAAAGAUAAGAUGUCAAAUGUUCGUCCUGGGCUCUUUAGGCUCCCCGAUUCACAUCAGAGCUGGUUGAAGAACUGAAGCCUCUGAAUGAAUUGAAGAC